CGCGCAUAAAGCUCCUCAGUAAUGGAAAAGCCAUUUCCAAUCUCCAUUGCCAAUUGAAGAAGAAACAAUGUCGUCUGCGUUGCACUUUCUUCAUCCCUCUGCAAUUUUCCCCUCCUCCUUAUUACCAUCUAUCCAGGAGAAGAAGAUAGGAAAUUUCGAAGCUGGAUUCACUAAGCCAAGGCUCAAUUUUAAGAAUCCGAGGUUUUUUCCUUCAAUCCGCGCAGCUACGAAUCCCCCAUCGUCUUUUUACACAGGUGUGAGAACCGAAUUGGACGUUGUACAAAGCCACAGUGAAAUCGUACCGGAUACUGUUAUUUUCGAUGAUUUUGAGAGGUUUCCCCCCACAGCUGCCACUGUUAGCUCUUCUUUAAUCUUGGGUAUUUGUAGCCUUCCUGGCAAUCAGUUCAGGAGAGAUGUUGACACUGCCUUGGCUGAUGCAAAAUGCUCUCUCAUAGAAGAGUCUAAUAAGCGAACUGAUUGUUUCCUCGACAAGGCUUUGGUUAAUGUCGGAGCCAGUCUUGCAAAGCUAGUGCCCGGCCGAGUUUCGACUGAAGUUAAUAUUCGCCAUGCAUACGACACAUCCGGAAUUGUCAAUAAGGUGUAUUACCUGUUAAAGUUGUAUCACGAACUCGGCUUGUCUCCCGAGCGAUUGUUGUUUAGAAUCCCUGCAACUUGGCAAGGAAUCGAAGCAUCGAAGAUGCUGGAGUCCAAAGGAAUACAGACACAUUUAACAUUUGUCAACAGUUUUUGUCAAGCUGCAGCCGCGGCUCAAGCAGGUACUUCGGUUAUUCAAAUCUACACCGGUCGCAUUCGGGACUGGUCACGUUGCAAUAAAAAUGAUCCUGAAAUAGAAGCAGCUCGGUCGAUGGGGCAAGAUCCUGGUCGGGCUCUGGUUUCGAAAGUGUACAACUAUAUCCAUAAAUUUGGAUACAAAACCAAAAUGAUGGUGUCUGCAAUUCGCAACGAACAAGAUCUAUUUGAUGUUUUGGGGGUUGAUUACAUAGUGACCCCAGUAAGAAUACUGCAGUCUUUAAAGAUGUCGAUGGCACCUCUUGAACACAAGUAUUACCUCACGAGAAAGCUACACCCAGAAAAUGCUGCCUCCUGCAGAUUCACCAUUGACGAGCUUGUGAAGUGGGACGAAUCCAACUUCGCCGCCGCGGUAGGGCCGGGCGCGACGGCGCUGCUGAUCGCCGGAAUUGAAGGCUACCACGAUCAAACUGAUCGGGUCGAAGAAUUGUUGAAGAAGAUGUGGCCACCCCCAAAUGUUUAA